AUGCAAUUUAGCGACGGUUCAGUCACUUCCAAAACCUCACCUCCAGAGGCUCGUAAAUCUAGCGACACGCCCGCUGGUCGAGCUACAGCUCGUUUCGCUGUCACCGGCAAUGCCAUUGUCACUGGCGGCGCAGGAGAUAUAGGCUCUGUCGCUUGCAGAGCCUUACUUGAACAUGGCCUUCGAGGUCUGGCUAUCUUUGACAUGCACCCCGAUGCAGGCCAAAAGGUCAUCCACAGUCUUCAAGCCGACUUUCCCAACGCAAAGCUCACAUUCUUCAAAGUCAAUGUGACUGAUCCUCUUUCUGUUGCAACAGCUGUAACCAAAGCGGAGGAGGUUAUUGGGCCAAUUGACCUAUGCUUCUGCUUUGCAGGCAUUGCAUUUGCAUCGCGCGCCUUCGACAUUACCCCUCAGCAGUUCAGUACUAUGCUUGACGUCAACACCACUGGUAGUUUUAUUGUUGCACAAGCUGCAGCAAAGUCUAUGGCCAGUCGCGGUAGCGGUGGUUCAAUCGUCUUGAUGGCGAGCAUAUCAGGUCACAUAGUCAAUUUUCCUCAGCCGCAGGCACACUACAAUGCCGCAAAGGCUGCUGUGCUUUCCCUGAAGAGCUCUCUGGCCGCUGAAUGGGCCGUUCAUGGCAUUCGAGUCAACAGUAUCAGCCCUGGAUACAUGGACACUAUUCUGAAUGAAGGCGAUGGGUUGGCUGAGCACAGAGCUGCAUGGGCGGGCAGGACUCCUUUCGGCCGCAUGGGAAACCCGGAGGAGCUCACAGGCGCCAUCAUACUGUUGGCUAGUAAAGCUGGGAGUUAUAUGACUGGUGCGGACUUGAUCGUUGAUGGAGGUAUCAGUGUUCUAUAG